GGGGGGGCCUGUGACAAACGGGCGCACGUGCAGCUGCCUCCCUCACCUCGUUUUCUUGGCGGGAGCAAGCAGCCUGGAGCCCUUGUCAAAAACGUCUGUGGUGGAAUCAAUAUUUGCCAGUCCAAGUCCACCGCUGCACGUUGCACGUAUCCCUAAUGUCCGGCGCUAAAAACCCACACAAGCUCACAUUCCGCUUCGGACCAUCAAAGGCCACACCUGGGCAUCUCGGCUCCAUCCAGAAAAUCAGCCACCACCGGCACCCAGCAGCAGCAGCGCCAGCCCAAACUCACGCAACCCACCCGCUCCACGCCUCCCACAUCGAGUGCCCCCCCCCCCAGCAAUUGUCGGUGUGCAAAAUAUUUGACCCACCGGUUGGCUGUCCUCACACCUCACCGUUGUCAGCCGCCCAACUCUGCGUCGCCAUGGCUCUGAACAGCGGUAGCCCUCGUCAUGGUGCUACGUCCGGCUUCUUGAGCGUGGCUGCUGACCUCUUUUGCAGCCGCGUGGGAGUGCAUGGUGAAGUGGGUCCGCAGACGACAUUUUACCUAUCUUCUUGUCCACAGAGGGUUACGUCUGUCAGCCGUGUUGCCAUGCCUUUACGCUCCCUCUCUCCCGAGCCUUCUCUACCACCUGGUUUCUUGAAACUCGUGAGAUUCUCGGCUAGAAAUCGAAGCCACAAGCACUCCAAGUUAAAUCUGUGACUAAACUCGUCAACUCUCGAGGGCUAAAGCGUAACAUGACGAAUGAUAGGCUCAAUAUAUAAUAUACAGCUAGCCGCCGUCGUCCUCCGGCACCGGAGUUCCAUAAUAACGUAAUCUCUUCUAUUAUUCAACCACCUGUUUGCCUGCCUCAACAGGCCAAGCGGCUUGUCUGGCUGCUCGCCACUGCCCCCGUCGCCAAUGCUGUCGUCCUCCUCUGCCAAAAAAAAAAAAAAAAAACGAUACUACUAGCCUGCUCUAGGCCAACGCUGAGUAGGGUCCAUGUCAUUGCCUUCGUCGCAUGAAUCGGGAGAUGUGGCUAUACCCAAUAUCGACUUGAGUUUCACUCAACUACGUCUCACCAAGUGGCUAGAACUCCGGGAUUGCUAUCCAGCACUGUGACUGGUGCCCAUCUCCCCACAUGAUAUUUGGGCGUCUAAUCUCGAAGGUGAAUAUCCUCCGUAGACCAUACAUUCUUCGGAACAGGCUCGGGUUCACAGAGAUACAUACAUGAG